AGAAGAACCAAAAAAAAAAAAGAAAAAAGACAUAUAUAUAUACAUAUAUAAAAUAAGGCCAACCAGAAAGUCAGAAACUCUUCUUCUUUACUACUAAAGAAUAGCCAUAAGCAUAUAUACACUCUUUGUACAAAUAUACACCUUGACAUGAGGAAAAGAAUCCUUUGUCUGCUCGGUGGAACUGUCCUUCUGGCCAGUACAGUGAAAGCAGAACCUUCGACAAACCUAUCUCUCUCCUACACCCCAGUAUCCUACAACCCAUCUUUUGGAAUCAAAACAGACGACUGUCCACCGUGCUUCAACUGUCUUCUUCCUGGAUUCGAGUGUCUUCACUUUGCAAACUGUAGUGACUACAACGGAAAAUGCGACUGUCCCUCUGGCUUUGGUGGUGACGACUGUCAUCAACCCUUGUGUGGUGCAUUAUCUGACGGUCGUAAUAGAAGUCCUAGAUUUGGUGACGAGUGUGAAUGUCCUGAAGGCUGGGAGGGUAUAAACUGCAACGUUUGUAAGACCGAUAACGUGUGCAAUGCCAUGGUCCCAACAGGUCAGGGAACCUGCUAUCGAGGAGGUCUGACGGUUGUGGAGAACCAUCAGAUGUGCAAUGUGACCAAUCGCAAAAUCCUGGAUCAGCUAAAGACCCAGAUCCCACAAGUAACAUUUUCCUGCAACAAACCAGACGAAACCUGUGACUUUCAAUUCUGGGUUGACCAAGUCGAGUCAUUUUAUUGUCACUUGAAUACAUGUGCAUUUGAACAAGAACAUGGAUAUGAUAAAAACACAACAAAAUACACGUGUGAGACUAUUGACUGCCGAUGUAUCAAGGACGAGAUGCUGUGUGGAAAAGAUGGCUCGAUCGAUCUUACUGAACUACUUAGAGACGAAAUUGUCGGUCCAGCAAGCUUCACCUGCACUGGAUCAGACUGUGCAUUCUCUGAACCUGCCAUGGACGACUUGAUCUCGGCUGUAUUUGGUGAUGAUUCGAUCUUUUUGUCCUGUAGUUCUGGUGAAUGUCUUCACUACACACAAGUGCCUGGAUUUGAGCGGCCACAACGCCCGAUCAACUGGUUGAUGAUUGUGUCAGGUAUUGCCGGUGUCACUGUGUUCUUGCUCAUUGUGGGUGCUGUCGUCAGCUAUUUUGCCAAGCGAUCAUCCAAUUCAGGGGGAUUCAUUCUAUUGCCGGAUGAUGAGGCUGGCAAACUGAUGUCAGACCACACACCAACCAGUCUGAUCUUCGAGAACUUGUCCUACACUGUCAACAAAAAGGAGAUUCUCAAGGACGCCUCCGGAAUUGCUCGGCCGGGUGAGGUCAUGGCUAUCAUGGGCCCCUCAGGUGCCGGAAAGACAACCCUGUUGGAUAUCCUGGCCAACCGCACCAAGACCGGCACUGUAUCUGGCGACAUUUAUCUCAACGGACAUCGGAUGUCCCGCUCAGAGUACAAAAAACACAUUGGCUAUGUCGAUCAAGAAGACACCAUGAUCCCAACCCUCACAGUCUACGAGACCAUUCUUUACUCGGCCCUCUUGAGAUUACCGCGCUCGAUGAGUGAGGCAGCAAAGAAGUUCAGAGUUGGCGAGGUGAUGCAAGAGCUAGGAAUAGAUGGCAUCAAGGAUUCAAAGAUCGGACAGACCGGCGAUCGGUCCAUCAGUGGAGGUGAGAGACGCAGAGUCGCAAUUGCCUGUGAGCUGGUCACAUCGCCGUCCAUCCUGUUCCUCGACGAGCCCACCAGUGGUCUUGAUGCCUACAAUGCCUACAAUGUGGUCGAGUCGCUUGUAACUCUGGCCAGAGACUACAACCGCACGAUCAUCUUUACCAUCCACCAGCCUCGCUCGAAUAUCGUCACCUUGUUCGAUCAAUUGGUUCUGCUUGCCAAAGGUCGCAUUCUCUAUUCUGGUCCCCAGAUGCACGCCCAGAUGUACUUCAAGAGCAUCGGAUACGCAUGUCCUCCUGGCUUCAACAUUGCAGAUUAUCUUAUUGAUCUGACGAUGCAGUCAAUUGACCCGGCUCAAUCUCCUGGGCAGCCACAGACAGAUUCCAAUAGACCGAUUCAGUCCGACUCUCUCUUGAAUCCCAUCCCGACCCCUUACGCCCCCGGAUCUCCUUCUCUGGCCGACGAGCUGGAGAACACGAGUGAGCAGUGGGCUUCUGAAAUGAGUGCCAGACAGGAGCGCCAGAGACAGGAGCGGAUCAGGAAGCAGAGACAACAGAUCCCGGCCGGCUUGGAUGUAGUGGUUGAUGACGGAAGUCAGGUCGACCAGGACGGACUCACGCCUCACCUCAGACGCCUGGUGGAUACCUACAAAUCCAGUCAGAUCGCAGCAUCCACAAACGACGAAAUCGAACGAUCUCUUGCAGCAGCGUCCAGCAGCACACCCGAGAGCAUUGAGCAAGGUGUUGUCUAUGUGCCCAAACCAAUCAUUACCCACGAACGACCCGGCUGGUUGACCCAGUUCCGCAUUCUGGCCGACCGAACCUUUAAGAAUCUCUAUCGUAAUCCGAUGUUGAUGUUUGCUCACUAUGCUAUUUCUGUUGCACUUGCCUUGAUUUGUGGUGGUUUGUUUUACAGAGUGUCCAAUACAAUUGCUGGUUUCCAAAACCGUAUGGGGCUCUUCUUUUUCUACGAGGCUCUUUUGGGAUUCAUGUGCCUUACAUCACUCCAGGUGUUUUCGAGCGAACGGAUCCUGUUUGUGCGUGAGAGAGCGAAUGGUUACUACUCGCCCGGGACAUACUUUUUGUCAAAGGUCUUGUUUGACAUCAUUCCCCUCCGAGUUGUGCCUCCUCUUAUGAUGGGCUUGAUCUCAUACUACAUGGUCGGACUUGUGGAAGGCACUGCUAAUUUCUUCAAGUUCCUUCUUGUCCUGGUCCUGUUUAACCUCACGGCGGCUGCGGCCUGUCUUGUCAUUGGCAUUGUGUUUAAGAAUGGGUCAAUGGCAAAUCUGUUGAGUUGCAUGGUUAUGUUGUUCUCUAUGCUGUUUGCUGGUCUAUUACUAAACAAAGAUUCCAUGUCACCUUAUUUCGGGUGGUUAAAGCAUUUGUCGUUCUUUAACUAUGGACUAGAAGCUCUUUUGGUUAAUGAGAUGCUCUAUCUUCAACUUAUUGAAGAACGAUAUGGUCUUAAUAUUGAUGUUCCUGGUGCAACAAUCUUGUCUACAUUUGGCUUCAACGCAAAGAAUUACUGGCCCGAUGUUAUUAAGCUUGGUGUGAUGUUCAUGUCAUUAAUUGUAUUUGCCUUUGUGUGGCUCGUGUUCUUUGUUAAAGAACGGAGGUAAUUGGUGGAAAAUGAAGUUAUAUUUUUUUCUCUACUCCUUUGCCAAGAAUUACCACAGUCAACAAGUAACAAACAAACAAACAAACAAACAAACAAACAAGGAAGGAAGGAAGGAAAUGAAAUGAAAUGAAAAGGAAAGAGAAAAAAUAUACUUCUUCUAUUAUAUUACAUUAUUACUAUUAUUCUUCUUCUUUUUCUUUUACUUUUCUGCAACAAAACCUAUCUCUAUAUCUGUAUCCCUUAUUCGUACCCAUAUCCAUAUCCCCAUCUCUCUACUUAGCUCAUUUGCUUCACUCUAUUUCUUUUUGUGUGUUUGUUUUCCUAUAUAUUUUUCUUUUAAAAAAAUUUCUCUUGUUUUUUUUUUCUACCUUUAAAAUAUAUAUAUAUAUCAAUUUC